AGUCUUUUGACCCCUGGGGCUCUUUGAAUGUUUGAUCUGCCAACUGCAGCUCCCACAGACAUGGCAGAAAACUGGCUGACCUACCAGACAGAGGGAGAAGUAGGUCACGAGAACAUUUCUGGCUCAGUCAACUUAGAUGACAGUCUGACCAGUCUUCAGUGGCUGCAAGAAUUCUCUAUCAUCAAUGCGAAUGUGGGGAAGACCCCUUCAUCAUCUGGAGACCCCCAUGGGUAUCGUCAGUUGCCUGGCUCAGCUGCUCCCUGCUCCCCUUUAGCUGCGGAUCCAGCCUGCUUGGGAAUGCCGCACACCCCAAGCAAACCCACGUCUUCAUCUACUUCGAGGGCGGCUCUCCAGGGAUUUCAGCCCAUGGAGGAGAUUGACUAUAAGACCAACCCGCAUGUGAAGCCCCCUUACUCCUAUGCCACCCUCAUAUGCAUGGCAAUGCAAGCAAGCAAGAAGACCAAGAUCACACUCUCCGCAAUCUACAAGUGGAUCACAGAUCAUUUUUGCUACUUCAGGCAUGCCGAUCCUACCUGGCAGAAUUCCAUAAGGCACAACCUUUCUCUAAAUAAGUGCUUCAUUAAAGUUCCUCGAGAGAAAGAUGAGCCAGGAAAAGGUGGAUUCUGGAAGAUUGAUCCCCAGUAUGCUGACCGUCUGAUGAAUGGUGCCAUUAAGAAGCGACGGCUACCACCUGUCCAGAUCCACCCAGCUUUUGCUGGUGCACAGUCUACUCCUUGCUCAGAUAGUAGUAUGAGCCCCUUUUGGCCAUUGAGUAUAAACUCAGAGUCUCAUCAACUACUAAAGGAGUUUGAGGAGGCCACAAGUGAACAAAGCUGGAGUUCUACUGGGGAACACAUCUGGAAUGUGACAGAUGGCAAAGGUCACAAGCGCAAACAGUCAAUACCAAAAAGGAUGUACAAGACACCCCGUCUGUCCAGUUCCCCAUUGUUAUCACAGGAUGAACAGGCCGAGCUGGGAUCCCUUAAAGGUGAUUUUGACUGGGAAGUCAUCUUUGAUUCCACCAUUAGCGAAGCCAACUUUGCAUCCUUUGAGGAUCUAGAAGGAACACCUCCAUUGAGUCCAGUCACCAAGUCUGUUGACCUCACAGUUCACGGGAAGCACAUUGAUUGUCCUCAACAGUGGUACCCCAUGAGGCAAGAGCAAGCAGUAGUGCAAAACAGUUUGGAUUUCGAUGAGACAUUCUUGGCCACUUCAUUCCUCCAGCAUCCUUGGGAUGAAAGUCGAAAUGAUUUCCUAUCUAAUUCUGCCAACCUAGAUCAACUCUUUGACCUCAACGAGGAAUUUCCUCCAGGACUCAACGACUGGGCCUCCAUGGGCUCCUAUUUAUAACAACGGUGCCAUCUAGAACUCUUAGAGACACAUAGACAUUUGUAUUAUAGUUCAUAUAUA